AUCACCGCCACAUUACACCCCAGACACACUGUUCAACUCGACUAAGCGGCAGAGUAUCGAUAAAGAUCCAAGAUGGCUCAGCAGUACUCCGAGCCGUCGAAGCACAUAGACCCCUACAAGGAGGCUAACCUGGACACGGGUGCCUCAGUAGAGCAAAAGAUUCACGACCUUAGCCACUUCAUGGCACAUUGCAAGUUUGGAAUGAUGACUACUCGCGAUGCCAGCUCCGGGAACCUCGUAUCCAGGUGCAUGUCAUUGGCAGCUCAAGAAACUGGCGGAAUUGACCUCCUCUUCCACACGAAUACCGAGUCUGGCAAGACGGACGACCUGGCUAGCGAUUCACACGUCAACAUCAGCUUCUUAACCAACUCGGGCGAGUGGGCCUCGGUAAGCGGCAAGGCCAGCGUCAUCACGGAUCGGUCCUUCGUCAAGAAACACUAUAGUCCACACCUCAAGGCCUGGCUCGGGGACCUGGGCGACGGCGUUCACGACGGCGGAGAGAACGAUCCCCGGCUUGGGAUCAUCCGGGUCGAGAUGCUAACGGCCCAUUACGCUAUUUCCCACAAGACCAUCCUUGGACAGAUGGCCAAGGUUGCACAGGGGGUGGUUACCGGAAAGCCGGCGGCCGUGAACAAGUUGCGCGAGAUUAGUGAGGAGGAGGUCCAGCAGUGGAGAGCGUCCCAUUAGAGAGGACUAAUCGCGAUGUUGAAGUGUAAUUGAAAUCGCAAACAAAAGUCGAAGGCGACAGAUGGACCAGUGUGGAGGGCCGGCUUGGGUGGCAAUGGGAAAUUGGGGUAAUUGUUCUCUUGUUUGUAUCAGGGGGGCUUCAUAUGAUAUGAUCAAUUAGCAACCCACUAUUUGCCUUGAUACUCGGCUUUCCAUAUCCU